AUUUUCAUUUCUCUCUCUCAUUUCUCUCUCACUAGAUCAAUAGGGCGGCUCGUAAAUUGGACCCCUCUCUUUGCCUUUGGAUCUGAGCUUCGAUUGGAUCGGCGAGCCCAUCCGGAAUUAGGGUUUUGGUUGGAAGAAAAGGAAACAGGUGGAGGUGCGGAGAUGGGCGAUCUAGGGUUUCGCGAUUGAUAAAAGAGAAGCGGAGGGCGUGGGAUUUAUGGUAAUGGUUGGAAUUGAAGGCGCGAUCGAAAAUGCAAGGCUAUGCAUGGGAGGGGAGGUGAGGAAAGGAAACGGAGUCGGCACAUGUUGACAGCCGAUGGUUCUUCUUCUUCAUCGUCGAAUUCCACUCAUUCCUUUUUCAAGGACGGACGCAAGAUCAGUGUUGGCGAUUGUGCUCUUUUCAAACCUCCCCAGGAUUCCCCACCUUUCAUUGGAAUAAUCCGUUGGUUAAUUACUGGCAAAGAAAAUAAGUUAAGGUUAGGAGUGAAUUGGCUUUAUCGACCUUCUGAAGUAAAGCUUGGCAAAGGCAUCCAGUUGGAUGCUGAGCUGAACGAAAUUUUCUAUUCGUUCCAUAAGGAUGAGAUUCCUGCCGCAUCAUUACUUCAUCCGUGUAAAGUCGCGUUCCUUCCUAAAGGUGUUAAGCUUCCAUCAGGGAUUUCAUCUUUUGUAUGCCGGCGUGUUUAUGACAUUUCAAACAAGUGUUUAUGGUGGCUAACUGAUCAGGACUAUAUUAAUGAGCGACAAGAGGAAGUAGAUAAACUGUUAUAUAAAACUCAAGUAGAAAUGCAUGCAACAGUGCAGUCAGGGGGACGAUCUCCAAAACCAAUGAACGGUCCAUCUUCAGCAUCACAGUUAAAAGCUGGAUCAGAUGGUGUCCAGAAUAGUGCCUCAUCCUUUUCUUCGCAAGUUAAGGGGAAAAAAAGGGAGCGGGGAGACCAGGGGUCUGAGCCUGUCAAACGAGAACGUAUUACGAAAGUAGAUGAUGGGGAUUCUGGUCACUGUAAACAGGAAAGCACUUUAAAGUCAGAAAUCGCUAAAAUAACCGAAAAAGGAGGGCUUGUAGAUUCUGAUGGGGUUGAAAAAUUGGUACAGCUCAUGGUACCUGAUAGGAAUGAGAAAAAAAUAGAUCCUGAUAGAAAUGAGAAAAAAAUAGAUCUGGCUGGCCGGUCUAUGCUUGUUAGUGUUUUAGCAGCCACAGAUAAAUUUGAUUGCCUUAGUCGAUUUGUGCAGCUCAGGGGUUUGCCUGUAUUAGAUGAGUGGCUCCAAGAGGUCCACAAAGGGAAGAUAGGUGAUGGCAGUGCAUCCAAAGAUAGUGAGAAAGGUAUUGAGGAGUUUCUCUUGGUUUUACUUCGUGCCCUGGAUAAGCUGCCAGUAAAUCUUAAUGCUCUACAAAUGUGUAACAUCGGAAAGUCCGUCAAUCACUUGCGGAACCAAAAGAACUUGGAAAUCCAAAAGAAAGCAAGAAGUUUAGUUGAUACAUGGAAGAAACGUGUUGAAGCUGAAAUGAAGAUCAAUGAGGCAAAGUCUGGUUUAAAUCAGGCUGUCCCCUGGUCUGCUAGACCAAGGUUACCUGAAGUUUCUCAUGGUGGAAACAGGCAUUCAGGUGUAUCCACUGAUGUUGCUAUGAGGAGCUCAGUUACACAGCUUUCUGUAUCGAACAAAUCUUCAGUGAAGCUUGUUCACGGAGAUAAUAUUACCAAAUCUGCUUCUGCAUCUCCAGUUUCUUUGAAGUCGGCGCCGUCACUUGUUUCAGCAGGUUCUAACUUAAAAGAUGGACAAUCCCGGAUUGUUCCUGUUGGUGUCACAGUCGAUGUUCCUAUGACAGCUACCAGGGAUGAGAAAAGCAGCAGUUCUAGUCAGUCUCACAACAAUAGCCAGUCAUGUUCAAAUGAUCAUGCUAGAAAUGGAGGUGUGUCUGGUAAAGAGGACGCCAGGAGCUCUACUGCUGGUUCAAUGAAUAAGACAUCAGGUGGUUCUUCACGGCCUAGGAAAUCAUUAAAUGGCUUCCCAGGUUCUACUCCUUCUGGAGCUCAAAGAGACGUGUCAAGUAGAAGUUCAUCGUUGCACAAGAAUCCAGCUUCUGAAAAAUCAUUACAGCCUGGAAUAGCAAGUGAUAAGGGAGUCUGUGUACCUGCUGUUGAGGGGAGCAAAUUGAUUGUUAAGAUUCCAAAUCGAGGUCGUAGUCCAGCACAAAGUGGAAGUGGAGGUUCUUUUGAAGAUCUUUCAAAUAUGAACAGCAGAGCUUCUUCUCCUAUGCAUUCUGAGAAGCAUGAUGAACUUGAUUGCACCUUAAAGGAAAAAGUUGAUGUAUACCGAGCCACUGGUACCUCAGAUGUUAACACUGAGUCCUGGCAAAGCAACGAUUUUAAAGACGUAUUGACUGGAUCCGAUGAGGGGGAUGGGUCACCUGCUGCUGUUACUAAUGAAGAGCGUGACUCUAAGAAGACUGCAGAUGUCCAAAAAGCGGCUUCCUCAUCAUCAGGGAACGAACAGAAACCAGGUAAUGUUCAGGAGGCUUCUUUCAGCUCUAUGCAUGCCCUAGUUGAAAGCUGUGUAAAGUAUUCUGAAGGUAAUGCUUCUGUUGGAGAUGAUCUUGGUAUGAAUCUGCUUGCUAGUGUGGCGGCUGAUGAGAUGUCUAAAUCUGAAUCUCCUACUGAUUCUCCACAGAGGAGCACCCCAGUAUUUGAGCGUCUUUCCAAAGGCAAUGAUCCAAGAGUCAAAUCACCUCUUCCUGAGGACCUUGCUCGUGAUGAAAGCCAGUCUAAUGCCGGUGCUGAUGAUGGUUGUCGGAAGAAUGGUAUUGUCUCUGCUACUUUAGGGACUAAGGAUGGGGGUGGUAAGGGCCCCUUCCUAGAGAACAAAGAAAAACUAAUUGAAGUUACCUUAGCUCCUGCUGUGACUCCCUGUCCUGCUACCGCAGUUGAGGAAACUAUGGAUAGUGAAGGAACCAAGCCACCUGAAGAGAAAGAGGUGGUGGGUGGAGUCGAUGAAAUUCAAGAUGUGAAACAAGACAAAACUGGUCAUUUGUCAAAUGAAACUAAGGCUAAUGAUGCGAGUUCAAAGGCAGUAGAUGGGAAGGAAGCUACUGAAGAAUCAUCUUUACAGCCAGUGCUGGAAGUUGAUGAAAAACUGUCUACCAUACAGAUGCAUUCUGAGUCGGUGAAAGGAACAUGUGAAGAUUUGAUGCUUUCUUCAGAAAAAGUCAGUGCACCAAAGGCUGAUAAUACAGAUGAAACCGAGGAUAUGAGUUGCUGUAAUCAGACAGAAAGACAAAGAACGGAGAGUAAUGAACAUAUAUUAUCCCAAAAGGAAAGUAAUAACCCUUUAAUUUCUAAGAAUCAAGCUUUAGGUGGAUCUGGUUCUGCCGUUACUGACCACAACAGUGAGCACAUGGAGGAAAUGUUGGAAAGGAAAGUGGCUAAUGAUCAACUUGGUGAACCAGUUAUUUUGAAGGUGAAACCUGAUCUUCCAAUGCAAGAAGUAGAACAUGUGAGGUCCAAGAGGUCUAAAGUUGCUGGCAUGGAAGCCGAAGGAUCUGAGGAAUGCACAUCUACAACUGCAGAUACUCCAACGUCCACUGUGGGAGUAUCAGACAUGGAUGCAAAAGUGAAGUUUGAUUUGAAUGAAGGCCUUAAUGCAGAUGAUGGGAAAUUUGGGGAGCCGCAUAGUUCGACUGCACCUGGAUGUUCAACUGCUCUUCGAUUGAUAAGCCCAUUACCUUUUUCUGUUUCUUCUUUGUCUACUGGCCUUCCUGCUUCAGUUACAGUGCCUUCUGCUGCGAAAGGGCCAUGUGUUCCACCAGAUGACUUGUUGAAGGGUAAACAAGAGGACGGUUGGAAAGGAACAGCAGCGACAAGUGCCUUCCGGCCAGCUGAGCCUAGAAAAGUAUCAGAGUUGCCGCUGGCUGCAACAAAUAUUGCAGUUCCCGACCCUACAGCUGGCAAGCAAGGACGCCCUGCUCUGGACAUUGACUUGAAUGUACCUGAUCAAAGAGUUCUGGAGGAUAUGGCUUCUCAAGAUAUAUUUUCUCUUUCUGCCCCAACAAGUAAUAAUGAUUUUGUGUGUGAUCGAUCGAUGAGUAUGGCACCUGUUCGCAGCUCAGGAGGUCUGGAUCUUGAUUUGAAUCAAGUUGAUGAGGAUUCUGAAAUCGGUAGUUACUCAUUGAGCAAUAUUCGCAAAAUGAAUAACCCAGUUCUGUCAACAAAAGCAUCAGUUGGACCUCUCGAUGGAGAAGUCAGUCUUCGUAGGGAUUUUGAUUUGAAUGAUGGACCAGCCUUUGAUGAUGUGACUGCUGAACCUGCAGUAAUAAGUCAGCAUACCAGGAGCAGUGUGCCAUCUCAACCACCUAUAUCUGGUUUUAGGAUGAGCAAUACAGAAGUGGGAAAUUUCUCAUCUUGGAUUUCUCCAGCCAAUACCUACUCAGCUGUCACAAUUCCUUCGAUUAUGCCAGAUCGUGGAGAGCAGCCUUUCCCAAUUGUUGCAACUGGUGGACCAAGGACCGGUGCUCCUACUGGUAGCAACCCCUUUAAUCCUGAUGUCUACAGGGGAUCAGUGGUGUCAUCUUCUCCAGCAGUGCCUUAUCCUUCUACCUCAUUUCCAUAUCCAGUUUUUCCUUUUGGGAAUAAUUUUCCUCUGCCUUCAGCCACGUUUGCAGGUGGUUCAACAACAUAUCUGGAUUCUUCUGCUGGAAGGCUUUGUAUUCCUACUGUUCGUUCCCAGUUGUUAGGACCUGGUAAUAUGAUUCCUUCCAACUACCCAAGGCCAUAUCUAAUUAAUGUUCCGGAUGGUAGCAAUAACAAUAGUGCUGAGAACAGUAGGAAAUGGGGAAGGCAGGGGCUAGACCUCAAUGCAGGGCCUGGUGGCCCAGACUUAGAGGGCAGAGACAUGACUUCACCCCUUGCACCAUGGCAAUUCUCUGUUGCCAGUUCACAGGCACUAGCUGAGGAACAAGCAAGGAUGUUCCAGAUGCCAGGCGGCACCUUUAAGAGGAAGGAACCUGAGGGAGGAUGGGAUGGCUACAAACAACCCUCGUGGAAAGGCAUGUGAAAUGGCGAAAUCUGGUGACUCAUGAAACCUUGUAAGUAGAUCGUAAGCCUUUGAUAUUGUAUCUGUAUGUUCUGGUAUCCUGAUUUGAAGGGACCAAGCUUCUGACACUACCUCUAGCUAAUAAAAUGUGUUGGGUUUUUUU